AUGGUUGACAUCUUGAGAGCUGUGCAAUGGUGGGACGAGUGGCAGCUGCGCAUCCUCGUCAUCGGCAGCCUGGGCCUGCAGUGGUUCCUCCUGCUGGCAGCCCCCUUGCGCAACUACACCAUCCCUCGCUUGUUCACAUGCUCCAUCUGGGCGGCGUACGUGAGCGCCGAUGCUCUGGCGAUCUACGCGCUCGCCACCCUCUUCAAUCGCCAUUCCAAGGCGACCAGCAGCAUCAGCAGCUGCAGCUGCUGUGACUACGGGAACAAAGGGAGCUCCCUGGAGGUCCUGUGGGCGCCUCUCCUCCUCGUCUACCUCGGCGGGCGGGAGGAGAUCACCGCCUACACCAUCGAGGACAACGAGCUGUGGACACGGCACACCGUGACCAUGGUCUCCCAGGUCACGGUCGCCGUGUACUCCUUCUACAAGUCGUGGCCGGACUCGAGCGACAGGAAGCUGCUGCUGUCGGCGAUCCUGCUGUUCGUCAUCGGCAUCAUCAGCUUCAUCGAGAAGCCGUGGGCUCUGCGGAGGGCCAGCAUCAAGCGGCUGGUGGCCAUGUGGUCCGUGAUGAAAGGGGAGAGGGAGAGCCCCACAGGGUGGGACUGGUGCUUCACCGAGCUCAGCGACAGGUACAAGUGCUGGAAAAAGCUGCCGGAAGGCGACGCGCCGAUCCUGUCGCAGAGCGACCAGGUCCAGAUGAUCAUGUCGGACCUGUCGCUGUUCGCUGCCGAGGUCACCCUGCAAGCACGGAGGAAGAUGAGUGGUGGUGAUCGCGAGAAGACGAUCCUGGAGCCUCUCGACGUAGACAAAGAUGUCAGGCUCAAGCGCAUGCUUCGUCAGGCGUUCGGGCUCAUCUACACCAGAGCCAACGUGAUCUUCACGCCGGCGUACCUGGCCUGCCACGUGAUGCUGGUCCCGUCGCUGUACAUCGCCGCCAUCAUGCUCUUCGCGGCGAGCCGCAAGCGUGGGUACGGCGCCACCGACGUGAAGAUCACGUACAUCCUCCUAUGCUUCACCGCGGUGCUGGAUGUCUUUGGGCUGCUCAUCAGUGACCUCAUGUACAAGCUCAUGUCCGGAACAAAACUCGCAGCCUUGUGCGAGAACAUUCCAGGGCUGAACCUCGUCGACUCGGUUCUCCGGACGGCGAGACGGCCGGUGGCCGGGUCUCUGCUCAACUGUGCCAGGCGCUUUGGUUAUUAUCUUAAGGAAGCCGAAGCAGGCACAGAUCAUACUAGUAACCUGUACCGCCCGGUCUCGGAUGCUAUCACCCUUCAACUGGUGAGGGUUUUCAAAAAGAAAAACGUCGACCUCUCUAGUUACCGGAGCUUCACCAAGACGGACUACUGGACUAAGGAUCAAAUGGACAGGCUGCUCAACACUGAUGUUUCUUCGGGGACAGGGAAGACGAACGUGCAGAACGUGGUGAUACGGCGAAGCCUUCAUGACACGCCAUUCGACGCGAGCGUCCUCAUCUGGCACAUCGCCACCGACCUGUGCUUCCGCAGCAAUCCUCCGAGGCACUUCAGGUGCAGGCCUCUGCAUAGUGAGGUGCUUCGUGAGGUGUGCACAGAGGCAAUAUCCAACUACAUGGCCUACCUGCUUGUGUUUAGACCCGACAUGCUGAUGACCGGCAGCAGGCAGUAUCUGUUCACUGAAGCCACCAAACAGAUGCAGCGCAUCAUCACCCAGGCCACCAAAUUCACGACGGACAAGGAGAAGCAGCAAAAGCAACCACUCUCCGACGACAUCCUCCUAGGCAAGAUCAGGAAAGAAGCAGUCAGCCUCAAAGAUAACGAGGCGUACACCAUCAUCGACGAUGCUUGCAAGCUCGCGGAGGAGCUUCUGCGCAUGGAGGACCCCGAUGACCGUUGGUAUUUGAUGCACCGUGUGUGGGUGGGCAUGCUCUGCUACUCCGCCAGCAUGUGCAGGGGCUACCUGCACGCCAAGAGCUUGGGAGAAGGCGGGGAGUUCCUCUCCUAUGUCUGGCUCCUCAUCUCCCUCCAGGGGGCCAAGACCUUGGCAGACAAGCUUCAGAUGCCAGACAAAGAACAAGGGGACGACGAUCUGGACGACCAAAAGCGGGAACAAGAAUACCAGGGCAAGAAAGGUACGAUGCCUGGGUGGGAUCCGGAAGCCAGAAUGUUUCACCGUCAGCCAUAUUGA